AUGAAUAUGAAUAUAAAAGAAGGAGAGUUCACGAGCACAAUAUACGGACUGGUGAGUGAAAGAGACGAUUGAAUUAUCGAAAAAAGACGGGCUCAGAUUCAUGAACAAAAAUUCAAUGACGCGAUUCGUAUUUUAAUAUAUCAACACGAACGGAAUCCAAAAGUGAGUGAAGCGGGCGUUUUUCAUCUCCCAGAAAUCGAAACGUGUUUAUAUCGAUCGACGCGAUUGGUGAUCGACUAUUAGACGUUUUUAUCGUUGGAAUCUGAACUUGUGGAAAAGCUUUCCGAGAAUUACACUUCUGAAAUGGGGGUUUCCACGUUCCGCUUUCAAAAUUACAUUUAUUACAACGUUAUUCAGUUUUCGGGUGGGAAAUUGAGUACAGUUUUGUUUCAAAGCGGCUUGUUAAAGCAUUUCACAAAGUAUGAACUGAAAAGAAUUGAACAAAUUAGAAGAGAUAACGGCAAAAUAUCGAAAGCGAACUUUGUGCGGUAAAAAAAUGACGCACGCAUUUUUUGAAAGACUCGUUAGGAAGUGCAGUGGGGCGCACUUGCUUACUGGCGAUCAAUGGGUCGCAAUGUGCUACCGUACUCCUGUCACACUCUUUAGCGGUACACAUCUGAGUAAAUACACGAAAGAGGAAUCAUUUCAGAAUCUGGCAGCACUGUCCCUGUUGGCAUACUGCUAUUACUACACACAGGAUUUCAUGAACGCGGCGGAUUGCUAUUCACAACUCGCUUAUAACUUUCCUCAUCAGUCCCAAUACAGACUCUAUCAUGCGCAAGCUCUUUACAAUGCGUUCCGGCCUGCGGAUGCAUUGGCCGUCAUUUCAACCGUCAGUUCUUGCGGUCCCUUCUCAGAGAACACAGAACUUCAGAUUCGGGACGAGGGUCUGUUGAAUGAAUGCGUCAAACUGGAAGCGGCUAUAAAAUACCAGGAGGAUGACCUGGUCAACUGUCGGAUUCUGGUCGACCAACUGCCGGAAAACGAUGCCGCCGUGCUCAUUAACACCGCUUGCAUCGACUAUAAAGUGAGUAACAUGCACGAUCGGAAGUUCACUAAACCAUCCGAGUUUAGGAGGGAAACUACGAAGAAGCGCUCAAGAAGUUCAACGAGGCCACAGAGUUUUCUGGUUAUCAGGUAGGAAAAGAUUGAGGAACACCGGGAUACGCAGACUGGGCAUGCGGACAAAAAACUGCCCGUACUUUGUGUGUUAAGUACAGCUAGUCUAAAUGUCGAUAAGGAAUGAGAACGACAGGGAAUAAACUAAAUGUUCAGUCCGGUCUGGCCUAUUCUAUUGCUCUCUGCCACUACAGACGGCACGACUACGACAGUGCGCUCAAGCUGAUCGCCGAGAUAAUCAAUCGGGGAGUCAAAGAGCAUCCGGGUACGAGAAGCUUUCGAACUUGUCAAGAAGCUCACAGAUUUCAGACUUCAAUAUUGGAAUGGUCACCGAGGGACUGGAUUUCAGUUAUAUACAAAACACUCAAAAGUUGCACGAGUCUGCAUUAAUCGAGGCGUUCAAUUUGAAAUUCGCCAUCUAUUACAAGACAAAAGAUUGUGAGGAUUGGGCGGAGAGUGUGGGGAUUAUUAUCGUUUACAGUGAAAGCGGCGAAAGAGAGUCUGACGGACAUGCCGCCGCGCAACGAACACGACGCCGAUCCGAUCACCCUCCACAACAUGGCCAUCAGCAAUGCGAACACUGACUUCGGCGACAGCUCGGCCAAGCUUCAGUUUCUUCUCGGAAUCAAUCCGUUCCCUCAGGAGACAUUCGCCAAUCUUCUGUUCUUGUACUGUAAGAAUGACUACUUCGGAUUGGCCGCCGACGUUUUGGCGGAGAAUCCGAGCCACACAUUCUACUGCCUCAAUGAAUAUCAAUUCAACUUCCUGGAGGCACUCAUCUACAUGCCAACAAAUCCAGAAGAAAGUCUCAAAAAGUUGGAGAAGCUCGAGAAGGAAUGUUUGGACAGACUUCGAAAGACUGCCAUCGAGAUUCAGAUGAGGAAGGAGCAGGGUUCGUCCGAAGAGGACACUUCUCUGGAGAUGAAGAAGCUCAUCGAAACGUACGAUGAUUCACUUGAAAUGUACCUUCCCGUGCUGAUGACGUACGCAAAAUAUUAUUGGGACAAGAAGAACUAUCAAGCGAUCGAGAAACUUUUCAGGUAGGUGACUGUUAUGGGGAAGAAAGUGCCAAAGCUGAUAUGCUUUCAGAAAUUCCCACGAUUACUGUAAGGAGCAUGACACGUGGAAGUUGAACGUGGCACACACGAUAUUCAUGCAGGACAAGAAGUACAAAGAGGCGGCCGCGUUUUACGAGCAGAUUCUGACGAAGAAGUACGACGAGGCGGUGAGAAGAAUGAAGCAGAGAGGGGAAACGAAGGUUAAUGAGUUUUAGAUUCUGGAAGUUCCCGCAAUGAUUCUGGCAAAUCUCGUCGUCUGUUACAUAAUGUCGAAUCAAAAUGAAGAAGCGGAGGACCUUCUGCGGAAAGUGGAAAAGGAAGAAGAACGAGUGUCGGAGGAGAAUCCCGGCGAGAAGCUAUUCCACAAUUCCAUCAUCAGUCUGGUAAUCGGCAGUUUGUAUUGCAGCAAGGUUAGUUAGUAUAGCACCCUCAAUUCGUGUUCAUAUUUGACACGUUCAGGGUAACUUUGAGUUCGGCAUCACAAGAGUCAUCAAAGCGUUGGAUCCGCCGGAGAAGAAGCUGGGUGUGGACACGUGGUACUACGCGAAACGGUGCAUUGUGGCGGCGAUCGAGCUGCUCGCCAAGAACACGCUGAUCAUCAGAGAUUCGGUCAUUCUCGAGUUGAUCACUUUCCUGACGAGAUGUGAAGUUCCCGGACGGGGCAUUUACACGGUCCCCGAUGAUUUGUUCGAAGUGGCGAAUGAGUCGAAGGUGAAAUGCAAUGUCACGUACGAGGCAAGAAUGUUAAAGGCCGCUCUUCUCACUGUAUUCCAUUCCUAA